GUAAUUAUGCAGAAUGUUCAACGGUCGGUCACACACAAUCUGACUAUAUUAAUGAAAACUCAUUCAGAGAUCACAGAGAUUUCAUUGCCUUUUUUUUAAGUAAACAAACAGCUAUGUCGAGACAUAUUUUUGGUGGAAUAUCAAUUUUAAAUUAGUAUUUUCUGUGUCUGGUCAGAAUUGAAACAAAAUUGUUCAAUAGCACUUUUCAUUUAAUUUGAAAACAUGACAAAAAAUAAAAUACUUAACAAUAAAAAAACAAUCAUUAGGUUUUACUACCCCAUUUAUAUUUUUAACAUCACAUUACCCUCCCAUAAAAGGGUAAAAACAUUCUAAAGUAGGUUAUGACUUUUAAAGUUUACACAUAUAUAUUUUUCAUCUGAUGUUAUUUGCUAACUUACACCCAAAGCUUCAAGAGCAGUUAUAUACUUGAAAUUUUUUAACUUAUAUAGGAAUGUACAUAUUACAAACAUAAUAUAUAUCCUUAGAUUCGUUUCGAUUUAAUUAACAAAAAACAUCCUUGACAAUAUACAAUUUCACAAAAUACUAUUGACAUUUUGCAAAUCAUAAAUUAGUUUUAGUAAAUGUACCUCUCAUAUCUCAUGAAAAUACAUUCUUAUAGAUAACUACAGGGUAACUUUUAUUUAUAUAUGUGGGAAAUGGAACGGAGUGAGUGAGAGAGAGGGAUGUAGGAGUGAAAGGGACGGAAGUGGAAAUAGAAUAAUGGCGGAUUCGGGCGAAAGCGCUAAGAGGUGUGUUUUUUGUUAAAUAAAAAGUGCUGCCUAAUUUGAUUUUUUACUCUGAGCCUCCAUCCCACAAAUUUUGGGGGCUCGUCCGGGAUGUGCUUGGAGUAAGAAGAAGACGAAUAAGAUCCUGUGAAGACGAAGUUAUCACCGGCGGCCGGCGCGCAUAACCGAAAUUGAAAGACGCAACGUGGUUAUGGUGGGUGCGGCGCGCGGUCAAGACGACGACGACUACGACGAAGAUUACUACGAAACGACGGAAAACGACGAUAUUAUAAAGACGAGAGCGACGACGAUGACAAAAGACGGCGAAUCCACGGUCUCCCAGGCCUCCUUACCUAUGACUGCUUUCCAAUAUUUCGAUGGGAGUAUUGCUCCUUAUAACGGCGAAGACAAGGCGUACUCGUCCACCAAAUGGGCGCAGGACAUUGAAGACAAUGCAGCAGUGUUUGGUUGGAAUGCCCAACAAAAGUUGAUUAUGGCCCGUAGGUCACUGUGCGGGACAGCGGCGCUAUGGUUAAAAUCAGAAAAAGUAUUUAGAUCCUACGAAGAGUUGAAAGCAGCCCUAUUAAAAGAGUUUCCCGACGUUACUAACUCCAAAGAAAUGCACGAAAUUAUGGCUGCGAGGAAAAAAAAUAAAGACGAGACGUUUUUGCAGUAUAUGCUCAUUAUGAAAGAAUACGGAAAGCGCGCUAAAUUCCCGGAUUAUGUAGCUAUACAGUACAUCAUAGACGGAAUUCAAGACACUCAAGCGAAUAAAAUUAUUUUAUAUGGCGUGACUACAUAUGGCGUCCUCAAGGAGAAAUUAGCAAUAUAUGAGAAGAUGAAGGCUGAUUGCCGUGCUGAAGUCGCUGUAAAGAAAGGAGCAUCAACAACGUCGACCUUUCGCCGAUGCUACAAUUGCGGUCAACGAAAUCAUGUGUCGUCUCAGUGCCCAAAUGGACCUAAGUGUUUUAAGUGUAAUCAGUUCGGCCAUAUUGGUCCCCGUUGUACUUCCGCAACGACAACGGCAGCGUCGGGAUCGGUGGGCGGAAGUAGCAGUAUGACGUCGCACCGGAACAUGGCUACAACAUCGGCGGCAGUGAAACAACCCGUAUCCGGUCAGGCGCAGGUUCGCACCAACCGGAAUGCAGCUCCAGUUGCGUCGGUAAAACAACGCGCGGCCAUGUUCGGAACGACGGAAACGCCAUUAGCCAAUCAGCACGAGUGUUGCGGCAGCCAUGACAGGGAAUGUGUCGAUGAAAUGUCAAAAUCAAACUUGGACUUUGCGGGUGUCAUGAUGAAUGUAAACAAAGAUUCUAAACAAGUUGCGAACAAGAAUUACGACGGAAAACCUAUAAAACGUGUGUUAAUUAACGAGAGUUACAGCUCCGACGCUCUCAUAGACUCUGGUAGUGAUGUGAACCUCAUCUCCAUCCCACAAAUUUUGGGGGCUCGUCCGUUCGACAGAAGGGCCUAACCGUACAUCCAGUGCCGCAGACCACAUGAAGAGAUGGCCCAUUCAGGAUUGAACUAACAGGUUUGUAUGAUUGGUGAUAAUGAUGUAUGUGUGAUGAUGUAUGGUAUGAAAGUUUAUAUUUAAUUUUAAGUAUUUGCAGGUUAGCAUCCUAAGUAAAUAGUGUAUACUACACAGACUGAUAUAUGGUUUUUACUGCUUAGUCUAGAAUUAAAUUUAGUCAACAUUGUUGAAAUGUCAGUUGCAUUUGCAUUGUAUAAAGUGUUUAACUAUUUUAUUUUUCCUGUCAAAAUUAAAAAUAUGUUAUUGCUUAAAUAUAACACUACUAUCGAUAUAAGUUCUUAUCUUUCUCUAUGUAUAGAGAAUGUAAUUAGUUUUGUUUCAAUUGUAUUUAAGUAGAGUAAAUAGGAUGUGUGGGGAAUAUAAGAUGAUGAUUGUCUGAGGACAGACAAGAGAGCAGGAUGGCCGAGUGUGGGAAAUGGAACGGAGUGAGUGAGAGAGAGGGAUGUAGGAGUGAAAGGGACGGAAGUGGAAAUAGAAUAAUGGCGGAUUCGGGCGAAAGCGCUAAGAGGUGUGUUUUUUGUUAAAUAAAAAGUGCUGCCUAAU